AUGGGCGAUCGAAGCAGCGUUAGUAACGUGAAUGCCGAUGUUCCAGCCUCUUCGAGGAAGCUUGUUGAGAGUUUGAAGGAAAUCGUAUAUUGUUCUAAUUUCGAGAUUUACGCUAUGCUUAUGGAGUGCGAUAUGGAUCUUGGGGAAACUGUUAAUCGUCUUCUUUUCCAAGAUACUUUUCACGUGGUGAAGAGCAAACGAGACAAGAAGAAAGAGGCUCGCAGAAAUAGAUCAAAUGAGACGGGAAGUGUUCAAGCUACACGAGGUGGCUUUUCUUCAGCACCCGGUGUCCUCGAGCGCCAACCUCCAUCGAACAGUGAUCCGCAUCCUACAAACACUGAAGUUAAGAAAACAGCGAGUGAUGAAAUUACUUCAUCCUCACUGCCAUCUCAUGUCCAUAAUGCCAACAUGGGGAAGAGAACUAUGGCUGAUGUUGUGAAAAUGGGUAGGCCUCUUCACCAGAAGAAUGUGGACGUGCCUCGUUCAUCAGAGACUCCAAAGACUUGUAGUGCAUCUCCUUUGAAGGAUGAAUGGCCGUCUAUUGAGAAGCAAGAUGUUGCUGAAUCUGAAAUCCCUACCGACCAAUUGAGUGAGUCUCAACAUCUGGAUGAUGCUCAUUUGGAUGAUGAAAACAACAAAGAAGAGGAACAUGCCUUUAAGGAGAAUGGAGGUGAAGAUGUGUAUGCAUCUGUUGCCACCGGUUUUCAGCAACUAGCUAUAGAGGAUGAAGGAGACAAACCUGAAGUGAUAAUCCCCAGUCACCUACAAGCCUAUACCUUGGAAUGCUCACACCUGAAGUUUGGUAGUUUUGGCUCCCGAGAAGGAUAUGGCCAAUCUAGUGGAUUGAAUUAUAACUUGGAGGAAACGCAAAAACCUGUUGAUGAACAGCAUGGCACUGACUACUAUGGAGAGGAAGAAGAACAACUCAGGAAAUAUGCUGCUUCUCUUACUGAUGGUCAAAGUAUCUAUCAAAACGAUUCUGAGACAGAAGCGGUGCAACAUGAACCUCCUCAAGAAGAUCAUCAACAGUACAGGUUUCCAUCUUCUGCAGACUACAUAUUUGAAAACAGCCAACAGUUGAAUCCUCACUACUCGCCUUUCCCAGAAAGAUACAACACUACCACUCCCUCUUCACUUAGCUUUCCAGCAAUAACCAUGGCCGAAGCACUAAGUGCAGCAGAGAUUUCUCAUCAACAGGCAACAGCUCUUGCUCAACACUUUGCCUUAAGUUCAUAUUCUCAUCAGCCUGAGAUUCCUUUAGGGCAUUAUGGCAAUCUCAUAAGCUAUCCAUUCAUGCCACAGAGUUAUAAUCCUUACAUGCCUGCUUCCUCAAGCAACAACUUCCCUGUGAAUCUCACUAAUUCUGAAACGUUCUAUGAAGAUGUUAACAAUCACUUGGCAUUAUCACUUCGACAGCAGCAAAUACAGCAGCAACAACAACCGUCUCAACCUUUUGGAGGAUAUGGAUACGUCAGUCCUUACCAUUUUCAGGCUGCAGUGUCACUAGACCAUCUGCAUCAUGAACACCAAGAACAACAGGACGUUGGAGACGCGUCUAAGCAGUCUCAACAACAGUUAGAGCCCAACAGCCACUGA